UUUCGCAAAGUCCAGAUGUCAUGUUUGACAUUUCGGUGAAACGAUUCGGGCUAUUUCAUAUAUAUAUUGGUAUACAAACGAUUUCAUAUAUAUGUGUGUGGAAAACCGGCCAUUAGUAAAAAAUUGUGAGACCAGACGCCAGAAACUUUGAGAGAAAUAUAUGUGGUAAAAAUCCAAAUAAAAGAGAUUCAUUGAUUCAAAAGUAAAUUACUGAAUUUCAAUUUGUUCGUUACGUCGAAUUUGUUGCCACGAACAAACAACAUGGCCAAUCGUAUACGGUCAGAGUCACCAUCUUCAGUAAAAUCAAAAGACAAGGAAAGACCUCGCAAUACUAUUCGGUCUCGUGAAAAUAAACGACGUGGAUCUGUAUCAAGCAGUAGUGGAAGCUCGACGGAUAGCAGCUCAUCGUCUGGGUCACGUUCGAGCUCUUCGAGUUCAUCAUCCUCAUCGAGUUCCAGUUCGUCAUCAUCGUCAAGUAGUGGUGACAAUCGACGCGAUAAACGUGUUACAUCCAAUCGAAGUCGCAGUGGUUCUGUGCGAAGCAAUGGUUCGAAGGAUAGACCCAGAUCAAAAGAAAGACUUCGCAAAAGUACCGACAAGGAUUUGAAAAGGCAGAAGGGUCUAUCGGCUUCCCGUUCAUCUCACUCUCGCAGUCGUUCCAGAUCUAGAUCUGUACGCAAAAAGCGUGAUCGUUCACCAACACCAAAGUCAAAUAAAAUUGGUCCCCGCAUUCACUUGGGUCGACUCACCCGUAAUGUCACCAAGGAUCAUGUUCAUGAAAUUUUCAGCAAUUAUGGAACCAUUAAGUUCAUCGAAUUCCCCCUGGAUCGUUUCCAUCCUAAGUUGGGCCGUGGAUUUGCAUACAUUGAAUACACAAACCCUGAAGAUGCAGAAAAUGCUAUGAAACACAUGGACGGUGGACAAAUCGACGGGCAGGAAGUUACAGUGGCACCGAUCCUAUUACCUAAGCCGAGACUUCCAAUGCGUCGAAUGUCACCUGUUCGACGUGGGUGGAGACGGUCGCCACAAAGGUUCAGAAGAGGAGGAAGAUCACCACCACGACGCAGAAAUUCCAGACGUCGCUCCCGUUCUCCGGUACCACGCCGUAAUAGCCGUCGCCGUAAUAGCUCAGAUUCAUGAAUUGUCUCAAUUCAUUCAACAAGUUUUUGACGAUCCAUAUAAACCAACAUCAUUCAAUAUUUCUACUUUUUUCGAUCGGUUCGAAGUUUAGGGGCUAUAAAUGCAGACGAAAACUGUUCUAAAUCGAUUUUGAAUAGAAUAUGAAACCGCUUUCAAUAAAAAUUAAUGCAAACAAACAAA